CGUUAAGAGCACGCAGCGGCCAGUGCUAGCCCGCGCGCGAUCGGCGCUCCGCGACCACGACGUCUCGGCAAUCGUCACUUAGACAGACGAACCGGUUGGAUCACUUCUUACUUAAUCCUUACAUAAACUGGUGCCAAAAAUAUCUAACUUCUCUAAAAUAUGACCUAAAUAUAUCCUAAAGUGUACGUGUUGAGACAUCCAAGUGUCGGUGAAGGAACAUUUAGGUCCAGCGGCUGUGUAAGUUGUACACUCGCUCAGUUUACGGUAUAAUUUAAACUUUCGAAACUUAGUAUUUUUCCGUUGCAACGAAAAUGGAUUUGCAACAUGAAGAAAAUGGUACGCCGUUCGUGAUGUGGGGAGACAGUAAGAUCCAACUGGAGAAUUGGCCGAUCGCGGAUAAGUUUUACACAGAAAAGGCAGAGACCGAAUUACGAGAGACGCCUGAAGUAGUUGCGAAAGCUUUACGAGAACUAAGAGAACUAUUAAAAGGUGAAAAGAACCUUAACAUUCCUAUUGACAAUGAUGACUUUCUGAUGAAAUUCCUCAGGCCCUGCAAAUUUUAUGCAGAUAGUGCUCUAAAGAAGAUACAAGCUUUCUACAAAUUCCGGCAAGCGCAUGCAACCUACUGCCACGACCUGAUGCCGUCCGUGGUGCGAGCCGCCUUCGACCACUCCAUCAUAUCCAUCCUGGCGCCUCGCGACCAACAUGGUCGGCGUAUCAUGUUCGUCGAGUCCGGCAAGGGCUGGGACCCUCGCGCAGUGCCUCUAUCCGAAGUGUUCCGUGGCGUGCAGCUGGGCCUGGAGGCAGCCAUGACGGAGCCGCGCACGCAGGUCUCCGGCGUCAUCGUCAUCAUGGACAUGCAGGGGCUGGCCCUUAGCCAUGUGCUGCAGUUCACGCCCUCCUUCGCCAAGAUGGUCGUAGACUGGGUGCAGGACUGCAUCCCAAUCCGGCUAAAAGCGGUGCACAUUGUUUACCAGCCGUACGUGUUCAACAUGGUGUUCGCGCUGUUCAAGCCAUUCCUGCGCGAGAAGCUGCGCUCGCGCAUACACUUCCACGGCAACAACAUGGACUCGCUCAAGGCACACGUGGACGGCAAAGCGUUGCGUCCGCGCCACGGCGGUUCGCUGCCCGAGUUGGAGGUUACUGGAGAGCUGCUCUGGAAAAUGCUGUCACAUUACGAGGACGGUUUUAAAUUGGCUAACUCCUACGGCUACGUAAAGAACAAUGAAAAUCACAAAUAAUGCAGCUGUGACUGAUCAACAUUUUACAUAAGUAAAUUUUCACAUAUCGUUAGUUUGGAUAAAUAAGGAUGUGGGUCAACAAAUUAUACUGUGUAUUAUCUGUAAAAACGACUUUCUCAGGGAAUAGGGACUUAUAGUGAAAUCAUUCCGAAUCGUUAGCCGCAUGAAAACAAUGUCGUUUGCCUGACAACCUCGUACCUAUUUUGAUUCAGUGACAACUUUAGAUGUACGAUCUAAUGUGAUUGCAUUCUUAGGCGCUUAUAAUAUAACACUUCUUCGCUCUUCGGAACGACGUCCGGUGCUGCGAUUUUUACCUCUGUAGAAUCUCGAUUUGUAUGCAAAAACCAUACCAUGGUAUAACACAUUGGCUCAGCCUCUCCGUGCGAAGGUGCGAAUCGCACGGCAAUUCGUGCUUUCGGACAAAGAUGCGGUGGGCACCGCAGGGUAUGGUAUGCCACACCGAGCCCCAUAGAACGGUUUUUGCUACCGUACGGAUUUUUGUGCAUAAAUGCGAUUCGUCACGCAUCGCAGCUUCGGACGAAGAUACGGAGAAAACCGCAGCAUCGUAUGGUCGUCGCCGCACGCGAAUUCGUCGCUUCGCACUUCGCAACGUCAUGCGACGGCAGUGUGAUAACUGAUAAGCGCCACGCUUACUAAUACAGUAAUUUUAUACAUUUUAUAAAUACGUUUAAUGUAGGUAAAAGUACAAAUGCUUUCGUCGUCAAAUGUUGUCAUACGUGUAUGUCACAAAUACUUAGGGUGCAUGUUUUCAGCAAGAGCAAGAUGUAUUCCCAGUUCUGCUGUACAAGAAAAUAGGUACCUAUGUUUAAAAGAAACAUAAUUAUCUUUAUUAGGUUUAAUGGCAAGUGAUAUUAGGACAAAACUAUAGGGAUAAUUACGGUAAUUAAUAUUAUGAAUAGGUAAAUUAUUUUCUCCGCAAUGUAUUUUUAUAGAUAAACUGCCAUUUAGCAGUGUGACAUUUAUCAGCUACAUUCCACAAGGGCGCAUUAAGGGUUACUCCCAGGAAAACGCCAAAAAAUUAUAUCGACACAAGCUGCUAUUCUGUUGAUGUAGCCUGAAUUUCACAGAGUGGCAAUAUUUUUACUAUUGUAGUAGUAGUAGGUGCUUACCUACCUUUUAAUAUUAUCUAAUUUAAAAGUUACCUCAAUGUAAUGUGAUCAUUUGGAAAGAUUUUGUUUUAGUAUUUUUUUAAAUAUAUAAAUGUACGAAUUUAAAUUUUAACAAUUUUAUAAUAAAACAUAAAAAUGGAUACACCUUCGUUUUUAUUAUUAUAAAUAACUCUAGAUAAACCAUAACAAUUUUUCUCCCUAUUAAAAAUUUGGUCUCACUUCCGAACUCGAAUUCCAAAUAUACAUUCCUUGGUAAAAUUGUAUUUCUAAAAAUAUGUGUACAUUCCAUAAAUAUAUAAUAUUUCACUAAUAACAACUACAGAAGAUACUCUGUCAUGGAUUUAUAUGAAGUUACCAA